CUCAUUUUAGCGAGCUAAUAUUCAUUCAUAUAUCAUAUAUGCAUGCAAAUAUAUACAAACUAGCUAAAAGUUAAUUUGUUUUUAUAGAAAAUGGGAAGAGCUCCUUGUUGCGAGAAAAUCGGUUUGAGAAGGGGAAGAUGGACCGCGGAAGAAGAUAAAUUGUUAUCGGAUUAUAUUCUAACUCAUGGUGAAGGCUCUUGGAGAUCUUUGCCUAAAAAUGCAGGAUUGCUUCGGUGCGGGAAGAGUUGUAGGUUGAGAUGGAUAAACUACUUGAGAUCAGAUGUAAAGAGAGGAAAUAUAUCUACUGAGGAAGAAGAUCUUAUUAUUAAGCUUCAUGCUUCGCUUGGUAAUAGAUGGUCUUUGAUAGCUGGCCACUUGGCCGGACGAACAGACAACGAAAUCAAAAAUUACUGGAACUCGCAUUUGAGCCGCAAGAUCUUCCCUACUACUCCAUCUCCUCCUACUAUUCCCACUAAACGUCGAACCUCUACCCUGAAGAGCAGGAAACCUCGUAAAACAUCGUCUAAAGCAAGGACGUCGACAAUAAUCGACAAACAAAGUAACACGAAUCCUUCGAGUGAUGGUAGUAGUGUAGGAGAGCGAAUACCUGACUCUUUUCCUUCCGUCGGGGAGAUAGAGAAUGUGUUAGAUGAUUUUUUCCAUGAUGCAGGUCAGUUAAAUGUGGACCCUGACAGGGUCGUCUUAAAUUUAACUGACCAGCAAAUAAAUGAUAUUAAUAUGGACGUCGAAAAUAGUGGACAAAUAGUUGAAAGUGGUUCCGCCGCAAGCUCAUCAACGAAUGAUAGCAACGAAGAAGGGAAGGAGUUUGGCCAAGAUUGGGAAUGGGAAUGUGAUUGGGAUUUUGAAAUUGGUAAUAACAUGGUAGGUUUAGGGUUAUUAGGGGGUGAGGAAGAAGAUGAUAUUAUGUCAUGGCCAUGGGUUGAGAAUCCAACACAAAUAGUGGGGGUGGAUGUGGAGAAGCAAGAUGCGAUGAUUGCAUGGCUCCUCUCUUAAGUAGAAUCUUAGUUCUCUUUUUAUUGUUUUUCUUGAUGGUAUUUGAUUAGUUGUCCAUUGAUCUUUAUAAGUUUUAGUGCAAAGCUAUUACUAAAAACGGUUGAGUAGUAUGUUUAGAUUGUUGUAAGAAUAUAUAAUCAAAGUUAUAGUGUGUUUAGUUCAUUGAAGUUGAGCAAGCUGCUGUUAGCAUUA